GCCUGGACGGGCCAGCAUAGUGACGCUGGACUCGGACUGUGUGUGUGUAUUGUGACACUGGUGCCUCUCAGAUAAACAAACCCCUUGUUGCAUGGCUCCAUGGACCUUUAACAACUAACGGAAACAGCCUCAGUGUUGUCAGACAGAUUCUUGUAUUCCUACAAAGAUACAUUGUUUCAAAUGAGAUGAUUCCAUUGAUACAUUGAUACAAAGUUACCGGUUGAGUCGCUGAGAGUGACCUGGUGUGAUAAUUGCAUGCUGCAUGUCUGAUAACCUCCCAUCACCCACCUGCACUUCCUCUCAGUUCUGAUGCAUGGCCCCUCUUUAGAAAUGUCUCGCCGUUCCUUGCAUGUUGUGCUGUGAAAGUGGCAUAAUGAGAGAAGACGGGGAUAACCCUUUGGCACUGUCAUCCAAGAAUCCAUGCCGGGGCCAGACGGACUGUGGACAAGAGCUAGAGAGGCUGCGGGCUGAUUGGGACGCAGAGAAGAAGCAAACCCAGCGGGCGCACGGACACCUCUCCGUGGAGCUUAGGCACCUGCGGGAGGAAGCAGAGAGGGAACAGCAGAAGGCUGUGAGGGAGCUGGCGGCCAGGCGAGGGUGCCAAAAGGACACUAACAGAUACCAGCGUCUGCUGGCUAAGGAGGGGAACAUUAAACAUGGUGGACACACAGAAGUUGAGUUCAAAGAGAAAAAGGCUUUUUGUUUGUGCAGUGGAGAAACGUAUACAAAGCUGGAGCAGUUGCUGCUGACGCUGUAUGAGAAGAUAAAUGGUAAGCAGGCAGUCUAUAAAUUGCAUCACAGGCAGGAAUUGGAGCUAGAAAAAGCCAUCUUCCUCUGCCACUUGCUAGAGGCCCAUGGGAGACUGUUGCAGGGGAGGCCGAGAGCAGGACACCCCAGCUACAUAUCUAACACAAGAAAACCAACUCAGAAAAACGGCAGUAAUUCCUGUCAGACAAAUCCUCCUCUAACCUCCUCCAGGGCCUUGCCACAGAGAUCCCAGACUGCCUCCCACUCACUGAAGAAGAAAACUAAACAACAUCAGAGAGAGCAGCCUUUAGGGAGGGCCGUCCGUGCAGCUGACCCCUGCACCACCGCUGCAGUCGUGGACACCUGUCAGAGCGACUCUCUGAAAAUUUGUCACCCUCACGACGCUCCCCAUGCAGGCUGGAACGACCAGCCCCCCUACUGCGCCGAGUCCUCUGGGUCAGACAAGUCAUCGCCCUCCAAAUGCAUGGACAGAAACAUGGAGAAUGGUACUGACUAUGGCUUCCUGGUGCGUCAGAACUCUGAACUGUUGCGAGCCCUCGAUGAGCUGGAGAAGACUUGUACCACUCUGAGGGAGGAGAAUGGCCUGCUGCGGAAGAGCAGCGCCCCAGAGACCGAGGAGAAGGUCAGGCGGCUGAGGAGAAAGAACACGGAACUGUCUGUUCUCGCCAAGAGGCUGGAGGAGAGGGCGCGAAAACUGCAGGAAGCCAACCUCAGAGUGGUGAAUUCCCCGUCACUGAUGAGACCCGGGUCGGUGGAGCAGUACAAGAGGGCGUUCGCCCGUCAGCGAGCUCGUGACCUCGCCCAGCACGCCGAUUCGCUGCUGUCUAAGGACAAAGAGAUUGCUGCCCUACAGCAAGAGUGCAGAGAGCUGGAGGAACGGCUGGGCACCACCAAGGGCUCCCCUGUUCCAUCUGGCAGAGUGGAAUUUGAGAGGCUUCUCAGGGAGUCUCAGAAGGAGGUGCUGCGGCUCCAGAGGCAGCUGUCGGUCACAUCAUCCAGACAGCAGCACGCCCACAGUCCCGACCCCGGCGGCCCUCAGAAGUGUGGGGGAAUUGAGGAGGAGGAGGAAGAAGAGGUUGUAGGAGAGACCCCGUGUGUGGUAUUAGAUGAAGCUCCAUCCAGGUGUGAGAAGACUCCCGGAGAGGAGGAGGAGUCGGGGCUGCGAGUAACGCCCCAACCGGGCCUCAGCCCGACCCCCUCCCAUCAGGAGGAACACACAGAAGAGCAGCGCCUACAGUUUCUGGAAAGUGAGCUGAGCAAGAAGAGAAAAGAAUGUGAAAACCUCGAGCAUGAAGUAAAGAAGCGACAGAAGAGAUGUCUGGAUUUGGAGAGCCAGCUUGAGGAUGAGCGAGGCAAAAAUGAGCAACUAAAGGAGGAGGCAGAUCUCCUCAGGAGGAAGGCACAGCUGCUCGACCAGACUCGGGCUGAGAAUGAGGAGCUGAGGGAAGAUCUCUCUGAAGUGACCGCUCAACACAAUUCAGUUCUCGAGGAGAACCAGAGACUCCGUGCCAAACUGGAGAACCUAGAGCAGGUCCUAAAGCAUAUGCGAGAGGUCGCCGAGCGAAGGCAGCAGCUGGAAUUGGAACAUGAGCAGGCACUGGCUAUCCUUAAGUUCAAACAGGAUGAAAUCAAACGGUUACAGCGGGCUCAGUUAUACGCCAAGAGGGAGCAUGAAGGAGUGGUUCAGAUGCUGGAGAGUACACUGGACUGCAUGCAGUCAAAGGUACGAGACCUGGAGGACAAAUGCCGCAGCCAGAGCGAACAGUUUGGCCUGCUGUCCCAGGAGCUGGAGAAGUUUCGACUGCAGGCCUCGAAGGUGGACCUGGCCGGCGUCAGCCUCCUCAACAACCCCAGCCUCUCUGUUCUGACCAACGGGGUGGGCCUGACUUCAGAGCGAGACUGCACUGGUGACUCAUGGGAUAUGGUGUCCCUGGGCGAAAUAGCCUUCUGGAGUCUCGAGGGAGGUGACACUCUCUCCUGCCCUGAGGAUGUGGCGGCUGCGCUGCGGCUGGGGGCCACCCCCCACGCUGCGGGGCUGUCCAGGGUGGAGCGCUCGCCCGUCACCAAGCACCGAGAGCUGCCCACCAUCAGCGUCAGCAAGUCAGGCUCUUCCUCCAGCAAGUCAGAGACCACGCACCUCACCCCCAAGUCAGACACCCACCUCAGUCCGCACAAAUCAAGCCCAACACAUGAGGUGGACACAGCCAGUGAAGUGGAGGAGCUGGACAUUGACGUCGCCCCCGCACCUUACACAGCCAGCAGAGGAGCAGCAAAGCUUCAGGUUUUCAUUGCAAGAUACAGCUAUAAUCCAUAUGAUGGCCCCAAUGACAACCCUGAGGUGGAGCUGCCACUCACAGCUGGAGAAUACAUCUAUGUGUACGGAGACAUGGAUGAUGACGGCUUCUAUGAAGGUGAGCUGAUGGACGGACGGAGAGGGCUGGUCCCCUCUAACUUCGUGGAACGGGUAUCGGACGACGACGUCAUGAGCACUCACCAUCCAGAGACUGCGGACAUGUCCCAUAACUCCCUGCUAGACAGCAGCCUGCACAGUGCCAGCCACCAGCAUCACCUCCACGUGGGCGUCAGCGCCUCGGAGAGGACAGAGGCCUCCGCCGCCUCUGGCCCCGCCUCAGCCCCCUCAGAUUCAGCAUCGGCCUUGGCUGUCCCAGCCCCCCUCACCAACGGCCUGGACUUGGAUUUGGAGGAGGUGGGAGUGGACAUUGUGCCUUACCCACGUAAGCUCACCCUCAUCAAGCAGCUUGCCAAGAGCAUCAUCAUCGGCUGGGACCCUCCGCUGGUGCCGGCUGGGUGGGGCAAUGUGUGGAGCUAUAAUGUGUAUGUGGACCAGGAGCUGCGGCUCAACGUGCCCUUCGGUGCCCAGACCAAAGCGGUCCUGGAGCGGUUGGACAUAAACCUCAAGGCCUACCGUGUGUCAGUGCAAAGCCUGACAGAGAAGGGCCCCUCGGACCAGCUGCGCUGCAGCAUGCUGGUCGGUCGGGACGUUUGUGUGGCGCCCACGCAGCUGCGCGUGGAGAGGAUCACCGCCACCUCUGCCAACCUGACCUGGCUGCCCAGCAACAGUAACUAUGUGCACAUUGUGUCCUUGAACGAGGAGGAGUGUGAGCUGGUGAAGGCUGGCUGCUGCUCGCUGUGCCUCAAUAACCUCUUGCCCAGCAUGCAGUACACAGUCAAAGUGGAGGCGCGGCCACACCGCACGCCAUGGGAGCUACCUGUGGAGCGACGCGAACACAGGAGCGCAACAAUCACCUUCAACACACUGAUGGCAGUUCCAUGCCCCCAGCCUGGGAACUCAGGUCCCCCUGAUGCUCCUCUGGAUGUACAGCUGGAGCACGGCCCCUCCCCGGGCAUUGCCCUCAUCAGCUGGCUGCCAGUCACUAUAGAUGCUGCUGGAACGUCUAACGGAGUCCGUGUCACUGGAUACACUAUAUAUGCUGACAAGAAAAAGGUGCUGGAGGUGUCUUCCCCGACAGCCGGCAGUGCCCUGCUGGGCCCCUCUCAGAUGCAGUCCCUGCUGGCAGCCGAGGAGCUCAGCGUCCGCACCAUGUCCGCCCACGGGGAGUCCUGCGACUCUUUGCUGGUCAAUGUGCCCUCCAAGCUGGCUGCCAUCAUGGCAGGUCCAGCCAUCACUGCCCCAGUUGUGCCACCCCAACCCUGCAGCCCUACGGGUUGCAGUAACCUGCCCUCGCCGCCGUCCUACGGGAACUCUGCUGCCAAAGUCUCCAUGCUGCCAUCAGACACAAACAUCACCGGCCUCACGGUGGAGGCUGCUGCCAACCCUCCUCAAGCUCUCCACCCAGAAGAUCUCCUCUUAUCUGCUUCAUAUGUGAAUGCCUGGGCCAACCCCUCAUCUGCUGCUGCUUUGGCUGUGUGUGAGGCCAUAUUACCAGUAGCCUCCACCAUUACUCCAGAGGUUAAUAUGACCUCCCCCACGACCUCCGUACCUCAGACGUCUCCAGUAGCAGCAACUGCACAAACACCAGCAACGGCAGCAGCAGCAGUGUUGGAGCAGCGCAAGGACACCGACAGCCCUGGAAUGAUACGUCCUUUCCCAUGUUUCUUAGAAUUCAUUGAGGACCCUGGUGCCGCGCUCAGUAUCCCUGAGCGCAUACCUACCCCACCCAAAGCCCCGAUCCAAGACUUCCUUAACCCUCAGGACUAUAACCUCCACCGACCCCCCAGCCACUCACCGCUGGGGUCCGAGGCAGACGAGGAGCAAGAGAAUACCCGCUUGGUGUCCAUCGAGGAGUUCUUGAGACAGGACCAAGAGCCAGCGUACAGUAGGACGCAGCAGAGUUACGGCAGAGGGCUUGUGGAGCCUGCCAGUGACUACCACGCAGACAACAGCCGUUCAGAUCUGUCUGACAUCCUGGAGGAAGAGGAGGAGGACCUUUACUCCGACCACCUCGGAGAAGCACAGGCCAGGGGCUACUCAGUAGCAAACAGGUCCCACAAGUUGGCGACUCCAGACAGUGAUGAGGAGGUUCUUGAGAGGAUCCUUAAGUUGCCCGCUCAAGUCCAACACCACAAGCAGCUGUUCAGCAUCCCUGAGGCGACAGAAGAUGAAGACAGCAGUCAAGAAGGUCCUUCAACCCACCGCGGUCAUCCUCGGCCCAGACCCGACCACUUUCACCCCAGAGACUCGGAACGCCUCCACCAUGCCCCCCAGCAUCACUCGCAUCACCCCAACCCAUACUCACAACCACACUUCCCCCCUCACCAUCACCACUUCAACAGGGAUCCCAGAUCCCUAACCAAAGAGCCUUUACUCAGGCACGGAGCUUCGCAGGUCAAGCCUAGAACGCAGCACAGGGUGCACUACGCAGACCCGGUCGACACCAUCAGCUAUCCUGAAGAAGACAUGGGUCAGUAUGAAGGUCCCACCAGCAGGCGGCGGACCCGCUGUCCUCCCCAGCUGACCCACAACAGCAAAGACAGAUCGCUGCUCAAAGGGCUAGGGGACCGCCUUAGGAGGGAGGCCAUGCUCAGGAGUCAGAUGGCUGUCGCCGCGGCAGCCAACCCCGGCCAUGGUCUUGUCCCGCCAAGACCCUACCCGGUCAGCAAAAAAGCACAGACUCACAGGUUACCUGUCAGUCGCGGGGCGGAGAUCGACGUGGAGUACGGCACCGAUGACAACGAAGAGCCGGCGCAGUACGGUCCGGGGGAGGCGGGGAUGGAGCAGAUGAGCUCUGAGUGGUGGGUGGAGGGGGCUCAAGUGGAGCACGGCAGACCCGCUCACCGCCGAGGGCUGAAGACUGAUCCGCUGGAGCCCAGCCAAAUCCCUCCAGCUGAGGCGGGUCCAUCGUGGGGAGCGCAGGCUGAGCUCUCCCCUAAACCAGCGUGCUCGCAGGCCAGGCAACCCAAAGGUGUUGUUGAUUCACCAAAGAUCAAAGGAGACGGUGACAUCCGUAUCUUCGUGGCCCUCUUCCCUUACGAUCCUGCCACCAUGUCACCCAAUCCUGAUGCUGCUGAGGAAGAGCUGCCCUUCACUGAAGGACAGAUCAUCAAAGUUUACGGUGAUAAAGACUCAGAUGGGUUCUACCGAGGAGAGUCUAGUGGUCACCUGGGCUACGUUCCAUGCAACAUGGUGUCUGAGAUCCAGGUGGAGGACGAGGAGACCCGGCAGCAGCUGCUGCAGCAGGGCUUCUUGUCCACGGCAGCCUCCAUGGAGAAGAUCGGCUCUCGCACACAUGCACAGCUUCCGCGUCGCCCUGUUCCACCGCCGAAACCGAGACGAUCCAAGAAAGUUGAGUCUGCGGCACUCUGGGAGGAGAGCUUAGACUCCUCCAGCCAAGAACCCAGCCAGACUGCCGCUGCUGCACCGGUGGGGAACCCGGCCCCAGGAGCUCGCAGGAUGGUCGCUAUCUUUGAUUAUGAUCCACGAGAGAGCUCCCCCAACACUGACAUAGAGGCUGAGCUGACCUUCAGUGCAGGAGACAUCAUCCAUGUGUUUGGUGACAUGGACGAAGACGGCUUCUUCUACGGAGACUUGAAUGGACACGCCGGCUUGGUGCCCUCCAACUUCCUGCAGGCCGUACCAGAGGAGGCUCCAGCCCCGCGUCACGCUGCUCAGCAUGCACCGGAACCCAGGAAGGAAUCACAGGGUACCUGGACGUCUUCUACAGAGCCACAAGAUCCUGGGCCCUCAACCCCAGAGGAGGCUUUGCACCCCCAAACAGAACCUCCUCUCCCCGACCCAACAGAGCACACAGACCCGCCACCCAAACCGGCACCAGCUGCGAGCCUCGUGCCCGACCUGGACCCUGCUCCAGGUCCAGCUCCAAGUCCAGCUCCAGGUCCAGCAGCAGCAGCAGCAGCAGUGGAGGCCUGCUGCUCCCCUCCGGCCCCCCUCCCAGCAGACAGCCCCGCGCAGACGGACCGCUCUGCGCAAGGCAAGAAGAAGAAAGGCUUUUUCUCCAAAGGCAAGAAGCUGUUCAAAAAGCUGGGAUCCAGCAAGAAAGACUGAGUCAGUGACAGCUGACUCAGAAUACUCGCGUCACAUUGAAAGCACUUUUUCUAUCUUCACUGUUCGUCUCAGCUGGUAGUCGGCGCGGUUAGCGACCAUCAGAUCUAAUAACUGAUGCUUUAACCGUCAGUAAUUAUACAUUUGCCUUAGAUCACUGCUAGCAGCUGUUAAAAUUAGAGUACAUCAACAUACCGCUUACAGCAGCACACGAGCAUGUACAAGUGCAUGUCGAAGUGUGCAAACACAAAUAUAUCCUCUAAAUACUACCUAACUAUCUAAGCAUUUGCAAACUCAAUAGGCUUUAAUGCUCGAUAUAAAACACUUAUUUAUCUCUCAGUGGAUCGGUUUGAUUUAGAAUAAUCUGAUACAGAACGAUAUUGAUCAGCAGACCAGGUAAAGCUAAUUAGAUAUUAGCUUUAAUGUUCACGUACUGGUGCCACUUUAUUUAUUUAUUUGAAGCAAACGAACAGAAGCAGCAGUCUAUCUCUUCCUCCGUGUGACUAUAAAGAAUGCACUAUCCAUCCUGAACGGGAUGUAUUUUAAAUAUCUUGUCUGCUCGUCCCUCACACGUGUGUUUUUCGCGUCUUUAAGAGUAUUUAUACAGUACUUUGUACAGAACAUGUUAUUUAUUUGUAUCAGACUCUUGCCCUAACCAUCACCGCAUUGCAUGAAGGGCAGGAAGUUUAGUCAUAAAACAGUAGAGCUGUCAGAGACGGCAAUGAUCCACUUAGGUUAGAUCUAAUUAGGUUUGAGUUUAACAGUUAAGACUGUUUAUUGAAGGUAAAGAAUGUGAAGGGUCGCCCUUCUUUGGUGUGUGUGUGUGUGUGUGUGUGUAUGUGUGUGCGUAGACAAAGCUGAAAUCAGAUGCCUUUCUUAGACUAAACACGGGAACUCUUGAUGUUUGUGACAACAGUCACAGCUGGCCUAAUGUUGCAUACUACAUAUUUCCUGUCUGUGUGUGAGUGUGAGAGAGAGAGAGAGAGACCUGCAGCGUGUGCAGUAAUGAUGUAGUAUCUGGUGAUCGGUAGGCUGCUCUGUUAGCUAGGGCUGCAACUAAAGAGUAUUAUUAAAUCAUUAUCGAUUAAUCGAUUAAUCAAUUAAUCGUUUGGCCUACAAAACGUCCGUCACAGUGUGCUACAGGUGGUGUCGUGAAAUAUCUCGUUUUGUCCGACCAACAGUUCAAAACCCAAAGAUAUUCAGUUUACUAUAAUUAAGAUGAGGAAAUAAAAGUAAAUUAACACAUAUUAGAACAUAAAAUACAUCCACCAUUUUUUGCUUAAAUUAUUAAUCGGUUUAAAUAGUUGCCAAUCAAUUUUCUCUCGAUUAACUAAUUCCCUUCGGUCAAACCUGCGCCCGCAUAAACCCCCCCACCCUGCCCCAUAAUUUAAAAUUGCUUGAGUUUAUUUUGAAUCUGUGUGUAAGAACGGUUAGAGGAGUGUGAGAGUUCCAGAAAUAUAAGAACCACGUCAAUGGGACAUUCAGGGACUUAGUACUGUCAAAGAAGUGUUGGAAAACCUUUUAAGCAACUUGAAAUAAGUUAAUAUUCAUGGAUUUUGUCUUAUAGAGUGGUGCAGGGAUGACGUAUUUUUGUAGGCCAACCCAGAAGUUAGCAUCGCUCUAUUUCCCAUUACAUUUUGAGGCCUGUUUUUUAGCCUAUAUUUGUUUACAUUUUGGCAAAUUGGCACAAUUAAAAGUAGGCCAAAUUAUCUAUUAGCACUUCCUGUUUGCGGUGUACACACAGAUGUACGCGCAACUGUCACUGGAUUUACCUUGAUACUGAAGAAAACUUAAAAACGUGAUUCUCAGGCAAGUUCUGGAGUUAAUUUUUUCAAGUGGACAGUUUGAAAACCUCUGGUGUAAUCGAUCAAUCGACUAGUUGUUGCAGCUCUACCUAAUUAAUACUCCAAAAUCACAAUACUGAAACUAUCCUAGAUUAAUUUAAUAUCCAGAUUAGAGUGAAGCGGUGUCAUCGGGGGUGAUUACAUUAAUAACAUACAGUGUUUAAGGCUUUGGGAGUCAUUAUAGCCUGAACGUAGCAUGUAGGAACAACAUUUGCUAGAAUUGCAUUUAAAGAGGACCUAUUGUGCUUUUUCCCUUUCUUUAGUGUGUGAUAUUGUUUUUCGAGUAUGUAAAAGGUCUGCAAAGUUACAAGCCCCAAAGUCCACGCCAAAGGGAGAAACACUGCUCCUGAACUGCCUGAAACGCCUCGCUUGAAGUCCCGCCUUUUCCUUUCGUAACGUAGUGAUGUCACCAAGUAACGCAUUUUGACCAGUGGCUAGUUUCAAACAAAGCUAGUUAGAGCGGAGCAAUCUGUGUUUUUUCUCGUGGUGCAGGAGCUCAAACAGAGCGUUUCAGACAGAGCCGGUAUGAGAAAAGUGAAGCGUUUUUUGAACAUUAAAGCACGUAAACACCUGAAAAUAAGCAUAAUAGGUCCUCUUUAAAGUGAACAGUUUCCAUUCAUGGCGCUGCUGUACUGUUAUAGACUCUGCAAUAAGUUGUCCAUGUAUCUUUUCAUUUGCCUCCAUGUUUGAGUAUAAUGAAGUUCAACUUGUGGCGUGUGAAUAUUGGGUCAGAAAGGCUAAACAGCGUCUAUCAGCCCAUGAUGUGUCGUUUUUUUUGUGUCCACACAUUAGCAUCAUAAAAUCGUAGACUGUUUGGUUGAAGCUAAAUAAUACAACUUUAGCAAUAUUGUGUACUGAAGUACUAGAGCAAACCGUUCUGUAUCUUCUAAUGGUCUGUGACAGCUUUACUCACUUUAAGAUGUAGUACCAAGUAUUGCGUUUGGAUGUGAGUGUGUGGACCCGGCCUUAGUAUUGAGCUUCAUUCUGAUUGGUUAUCUGUGUGACACGGGGGCUGUUAGGGUAACUUCUCAGGUUUUUACUUGUAGUUUCUUAUUAAUGCUGAGCCACCUGUUGACUCCGGCUGUCAAAAAACAAACUGCAGAAUAUGCCAAAAUCUUAGGUGCUUUGCCUGUUACCAUAGCUACAAGAGGCCAAGCUAGUCCGGGUUGAAGAGCGGAGGUUCCUCUUGAAGAUCAGACCUGAUUUCACUCCCGUUGUUGACACGAGUUGGAGGCAAAUUAUUAUUUAUUUUUCUUUAUGUCAUGAAUGUUUGUCAGUGUUACAUAAAGGGAGCAUGAUGAUGCCAAGAAUAAAAGGGAGGGCGGAUGGACAAAGACACUUUAGAUGUGAGAUAGCCGGGAUAGAGGCAACACUGUACUGUUUGUUUUAUUUAUGUUUUUAAAGAGGGACGGAUGCUCAAAAAGUUGCCGAAAUGUACAGCGAAUAUUUGUACCGAUCUUGUACUUGACGGCCUUUAAUGCACAAGUAUUCCUCUGACCUGCUGUGUAGUGAGUAGGCGGCUCCGCUGUUGACUGAAUAGCACCCAUGUAGGUAGUGUUUUAGCUCGGUUGAUCAUAUUUAGCCUUACGAGAAGACCUUGUUUAGUCUUAAUAUGUUGUUUACAGGAUGUUUAUUGACUGCAUGCAUACCAAUGUUACACCCAUGUUCGGCCUUAUUUAUGUUACUGUCAUAUUUAUGUGUUUUCUAGGCGGACUUGUCUACAAUGUUUGAGUUGUAGAUUGUGAAUGCAGCGGGACAGGAAGCUGUGUGUACAUAAUGAACAGUGUUGGGACUAUAUUUUCAUACAGCGCGGAUUUUUUUUUUUUUUUUUUUUUUUUUCUUCCCUGACCUGCAUUCAUUGUUUGAAAGUGGAAGAUUUACCUUUUUAUAUUAUAUAUAUUAAUGUUUUUAUUACCCUUUUUGGAAGCUCAUCUGUAAAUAUUUUUGUUAAUAUUGUUUUUCAGAUUUUUUUUUUUUUUUGCAUGUUCAGGCUUUGUGGAACGGAGGAACAGUAACUGAAGACGUAGUACAAAGAGGACUUGAAAAUUGUGAUGGUUUGUUUCAAUAUGGAUCUUUUUACAGGAAUAAAGUAUGUAUAUUUUCACAGAAAACAA